GAAGCGUGUGAGAGAAGAUCUCAGCAUCCGCAGCUGGUUGAAGGUGGGUGUGACUGGCAGCAUCUCUCCAAACGAAAAAGUCACUGGGAGUUGUAUAGUUUUUGUCGUCGCCUGUGAACUGACCUGCAGUACACUCAAGAUGGCAGAAGCUGAAGAUAUCCAGGUCAAGGAGCUUGACAAGCGAGCUUCUGGCCAGGCCUUCGAGGUCAUCCUGGCGGCUCCUGCCCCUGAUGCCAAGAGUGAGUUCCCCCUGUCUCCUCCCAAAAAGAAGGAUGUCUCACUGGAGGAGAUUCAGAGGAAGCUGGAUGCUGCAGAGGAGAGGCGCAAGAACCAUGAAGCCGAGGUUCUGAAGCACUUAGCUGAGAAGCGUGAGCAUGAAAAGGAAGUGCAACAGAAAGCUAUGGAGGAGAACAACAACUUCAGCAAGAUGGCAGAGGAGAAGCUCAAUCAGAAGAUGGAAGCCAACAAAGAGAACCGCACAGCAAUCAUGGCAGCGAUGAAUGAGAAGUUCAAGGAGAAGGACAAGAAGUUGGAAGAGGUCCGGAAGAACAAGGAAACCAAAGACCCCAACUCGGAAGAAGGCGCUUCGGAAGACUGAAGGUUGCAACCGGGGGAUUGUAUAGGGUUUUUUACGUAUCCAAAGAUUGAUUUAUUUUUUGUUCAGCCAGUAUUUUUGUUGUGUUCACUACCCACAUUUUUGAAAUACAAGUUCCACUUUGUGAAUUUUUCAAUUCUCCCGCUAUAAGUGUACUUGCGCUGGUUUUACAUGUGGAUUGUUUCCACCCUUGUUGAGUCUAAUCCAUCCGAUAUGUAGCUUGUCUGUGCAGCUUUUGCCCUUUUUUUGAAAAUGAGCAGCGUGUACUUAUCCUUUUUGAGGAAGCAUGUUUCUAUGCAUAGGUCUUUUAUUCCUACCUAUUUCAUAGUGCGUUUUGAAAUGUUCUGUGAACCACACUUGUUCUCGGCACUUCACCGUAUACUUAAAGAAAAUUAAAAAAAAAAAAAAAAUAAUAAAGUAGCACAAAGUUUGAUCAAGGCGUCGGCUGUUAUACAUGCAGUUGUUUAGUGCAGCUUUGCUACUCAGAUUCUGUUAGUUUGCGCCUGCAGGUCAUGUUCUGUGCCGCUGCUGAUUCUUUGCUUUUGUAAAAAUAUGGGGUUGUCUUCAAAGCACAUGACUUCUUGCUGUAUAGCUGUGAAUUAACAUGCCAGACUUGGAAAUGGAUUCCAUCUUGGAACAUCACUGAACCGGGGUCUACACAUGGAAUGCAGAAGAGCAAUACACUUUGGCAUCUCAAUAGAUACAGUGGCUAGUUGACUUGAACUGUUGUACUAAAAACAAAUAAAAAAAAUCUAAACACA